AUGGCAGCCUGGGGCUAUUACAAGUGUCGUGAGCCCGUGAAGAUAAAUAACAAGUGCGAGAAUUGUGGCGCUGUGACCCGAGUGCGGGAUGUCAAUCCAGAGCACCCAGUGCAUGGAGAAAAGGAACCAGCGCCCAAAGAAAAGAAAUCUCCAGAAGGCAAAAAGAAGAUUGCCAAAGCCAAAAAGACCUCCAAUACACAGCAGAGACGAAAGGAAAAUGAAGAGAUGUCCGACGAUGGCGAAGAUAGUGAGCAGACUCCUUUUACCCACACUCAGAAGUCAAAAUCUAACUCUAUGCUGCUGGUUUCUGAUGUUUAA